GCCACCACUACCCUGAGCGGAUAGGGAGGGGAAGUUACAAAAAAAGGUCGCCAACUGCCCAUUCUCGCUGCUCAAACUUGCUCUGUUUCUUGGAUUAAUUGAAGUCACCAGAAAAUCGUUUAAUUGAAAUUCCAAGGGACCUGUCGGUGGCACUGUUAACAGCGCGCUCAGACACCCGCGGGCGAAAAGAGCAUAACCAUCCGAGUUAUGGCUCAGGCUCCCCAACAAUAGCGGGAGAAGAAAGACAGAAUUCCUCAACUGACAGUGCAGCCAGUACAUUUUACAGGUGUGAGUUGGGUAGACGUGCAGAGCAGACAUCAUGGUGGCCUUGUCAUUAAAGAUUGGUGUGGGCAAUGUGGUCAAGACAAUGCAGUUUGAGCCCUCCACCAUGGUGUAUGAUGCCUGCCGCAUCAUCAGGGAGAGAGUUACAGAGGCACAACUUGGACAGCCCAAUGACUAUGGACUGUUUCUCUCUGAUGAAGACCCCAAAAAAGGCAUUUGGUUAGAGGCUGGAAAAGCCCUCGACUACUACAUGUUGAGAAAUGGGGACACUCUGGAGUACAAGAAAAAGCAGAGGCCUCUGAAGAUCCGUAUGCUUGAUGGCACCGUGAAGACGGUCAUGGUGGAUGAUUCCAAAAUUGUCAGCGAUAUGCUCAUGACUAUCUGUGCCAGAAUAGGCAUUACAAACUAUGACGAGUACUCACUGGUGCGAGACAUUGGUGAAGAGAAGAAGGAGGAGAACACGGGCACGCUUAAAAAAGACAAAACACUGCUCCGAGAUGACAAGAAGAUGGAGAAGUUAAAGCAGAAGCUCCAUACAGAUGAUGAAUUAAACUGGUUGGACCAUGGGCGAACUUUGAGAGAACAAGGUGUUGAGGAGACAGAAAUGUUGUUGCUGAGGAGGAAGUUCUUCUAUUCAGAUCAGAAUGUUGACUCCAGAGACCCCGUACAGCUCAACCUUCUCUAUGUACAGGCCCGCGAUGACAUUCUAAAUGGGUCUCAUCCCGUCUCCUUUGACAAAGCCUGUGAGUUUGCUGGUUAUCAAUGUCAGAUCCAGUUUGGUGACCACAAUGAGUCUAAACACAAACCUGGAUUCUUAGAUUUAAAAGAGUUUCUUCCCAAAGAGUACAUCAAACACAAAGGAGAGAAAAAGAUCUUCCAGGCACACAAAAACUCCCAAAACAUGACAGAGAUUGAGGCCAAAGUCAGCUAUGUGAAGCUAGCCAGGUCUCUUAAAACUUAUGGAGUGUCGUUUUUUUUGGUCAAGGAGAAAAUGAAAGGCAAGAACAAACUGGUACCACGUCUUUUGGGCAUCACCAAAGAGAGUGUGAUGAGGGUGGAUGAGAAAACAAAGGAGGUGAUUCAGGAAUGGAACUUGACCAAUAUCAAACGUUGGGCUGCUUCACCUAAGAGUUUUACUCUGGACUUUGGUGACUAUCAGGAUGGUUACUACUCAGUGCAGACCACCGAGGGAGAGCAAAUUGCACAGCUUAUUGCUGGUUACAUUGACAUCAUCCUUAAAAAGAAAAAAAGCAAAGAUCACUUUGGGCUGGAGGGAGAUGAAGAGUCAACAAUGCUGGAGGACUCUGUGUCCCCUAAAAAGUCCACAGUGUUGCAGCAGCAGUUCAACAAAGUGGGUAAGGUAGAAACAGGCUCUGUGGCGUUGCCAGCCAUUAUGCGCUCAGGAGCCGGUGGUCCAGAGAGUUUCCAGAUGGGCUCCAUGCCUCAGGCCAAACAGCACAUCACCAGUGGACAAAUGCACAGAGGACACAUGCCUCCUCUGACUUCAGCUCAGCAAGCCCUGACUGGUACCAUCAACUCCAGUAUGCAUGCUGUUCAGGCUGCUCAGGCUUCUUUAGAUGACUUUGAUACACUGCCUCCCCUGGGGACAGAUGCUGCAUCCCAAGCCUGGCGCAAAAACAAGAUGGACGAGUCUAAACAUGAGAUCCAUUCUCAGGUGGAUGCUAUUACAGCGGGCACUGCCUCUAUGGUUAAUCUCACUGCAGGUGACCCAGCAGAGACAGACUACACAGCAGUGGGCUGUGCCGUUACCACCAUCUCCUCCAAUCUCACUGAGAUGUCAAAGGGUGUCAAACUAUUGGCAGCACUCAUGGAGGAUGAAGGUGGAAACGGACAACAGCUGCUCGGUGCUGCCAAGAACUUGGCCUGUGCUGUCUCUGACAUGCUGAAGACUGCGCAGCCUGCAAACAUAGAGCCUCGUCAGAAUCUGCUGCAAGCUGCAGGAAAUGUGGGUCAGGCCAGUGGAGAACUACUAUCGCACAUUGGAGAGACAGACACUGAUCCACAGUUCCAGGAUAUGCUGAUGCAGCUGGCUAAAGCUGUGGCUAAUGCUGCAGCAGCCCUUGUGCUCAGAGCUAAAAACGUGGCCCAGAAGACAGAGGACUCAAUACAGCAGAAUAGAGUUAUUGCUGCAGCCACCCAGUGUGCUUUGUCCACAUCUCAGCUGGUGGCCUGCACGAGAGUUGUGGCUCCAACCAUCAGCUCCCCAGUGUGCCAGGAACAGUUGAUUGAGGCAGGCAAGCUAGUGGCCAAGUCAGUGGAAGGUUGUGUGGAUGCCUCACAGGGGGCCACAAAUGAUGAGGGCCUCCUGAAGCAGGUGGGAGUGGCUGCAACAAGCGUCACUCAGGCAUUAAACGAGCUACUCCAACAUAUUAAACAGUACGCUAGUGGAGGCCAUCCUAUUGGGCGCCACGGAGAAGCCACUGAUCGCAUUUUGGAUGUCACAGAGAACAUCUUCAGCUCAAUGGGAAAUGCCGGUGAGAUGGUUCGCCAGGCUCGUAUCCUUGCCCAGGCCACGUCUGAUCUGGUCAAUGCCAUCAAGAUGGAUGCAGAGGGAGAGUCCGACUUGGAAAACUCAAGAAAACUCCUGUCAGCUGCCAAGCUUCUAGCUGAUGCUACUGCCAAGAUGGUGGAGGCGGCCAAGGGUGCUGCAGCAAACCCUGACAGUGAGGAGCAGCAGCAGAGAUUGCGAGAAGCAGCAGAAGGUCUUCGCAUGGCAACAAAUGCCGCGGCACAGAAUGCCAUCAAAAAACGUUUGGUCAACAAGCUUGAAAAUGCUGCAAGGCAAGCAGCUGCAGCAGCUACUCAGACAAUAGCUGCAGCCCAGCAUGCUGCCUCAUCCAACAAAAUCCAAGCUGCCCAGCAGCAGCUAGUCCAAAGCUGCAAGGUGGUUGCAGAGCAGAUUCCUCAGUUGGUUCAAGGAGUCCGAGGCAGCCAGUCUCAACCUGACAGCCCCAGUGCUCAAUUGGCCCUCAUUAGUGCAAGUCAUAACUUCCUGCAGCCUGGUGCAAAGAUGGUCACAGCCUCCAAAGCCACAGUUCCCACUAUUAGUGACCAGGCAUCUGCUAUGCAGCUCAGCCAGUGUGCAAAGAACCUGGCAAGUGCUUUGGCUGAACUACGCACUGCUUCACAGAAGGCCCAAGAGGCGUGUGGCCCACUGGAGAUAGACAAUGCUCUGUCAGUUGUGAGACGUCUGGAGAAGGAUAUUCAGGAUGCCAAAGCGUCAGCUGAUGAAGGCAAACUCAAGCCCCUACCGGGCGAGAAUCUUGAGAAAUGCUCCCAGGACCUCGGUACCAGUACUAAGGCAGUAAGCUCAGCCAUAGCCCAAUUGCUAAGCGAGGCCACUCAGGGCAAUGAGAACUAUACAGGUAUGGCUGCCAGAGAUGUAGCCCAGGCUCUGAAGUCCUUGGCCUCAGCAGCAAGAGGAGUUGCUGCCACCACAGACGACGCAGGAGCACGUGCUGCUCUGCUGGACUGUGCCAGUGAUGUCAUGGAUAAGUCAGGCAACUUAAUUGAGGAGACAAAGAAGGCCAUUGCCAAACCAGGAGAUGCAGAGAGUCAGCAAAGGCUGGCCCAGGUGGCUAAAGCAGUGUCUCAGGCCUUGAACAGAUGUGUGAACUGCCUUCCUGGCCAGAGAGACGUGGACAACGCCAUUCGUACAGUGGGUGAAGCCAGCAAAUGUCUACUGGCUGAUUCUUUCCCAUCCAGUGGAAGGAGUUUCCAGGAGGUUCAAGCUCAGCUUAAUCAAGUGGCAGCCAAUCUAAACCAGUCAGCCAAUGAGGUUGUCCAGGCGUCUCGAGCAACCACCCAAGACGUGGCCAGAGCCACCGGCAAGUUCGGACAGGAUUUCAGCAACUUCCUAGAGGCUGGCAUUGACAUGGCAGGAACAUCACAAUCUAAAGAGGACAAGAUACAAGUGGUGUCCAACCUGAAGACUAUCUCAAUGUCAUCGAGCAAACUACUGCUUUCAGCCAAAGCACUAUCUACUGACCCUAACUCCCCCAACCUCAAGAACCAGCUAGCAGCUGCCGCUCGGGCAGUUACAGAUAGUAUCAACCAGCUCAUAACUAUGUGCACUCAGCAAGCUCCAGGUCAGAAGGAGUGUGACAACGCCCUCAGAGAGCUGGAGUCUGUGAGGGGCAUGCUGGAGAACCCAACCGAAGCCGUCAAUGAGCUCUCCUACUUCGACUGCAUCGACAGUGUCAUGGAAAACUCCAAGAUCCUUGGUGAAUCUAUGGCCGGUAUUUCCCACAAUGCCAAGAAUUCCAACCUGCCGGAGUUUGGCGAUUCAGUCAGUUCAGGUUCCAAAGCUUUAUGCGGUUUGACUGAAGCUGCAGCACAGGCUGCCUAUCUGGUUGGGGUAUCGGACCCCAACAGUUCAGCGGGUCAGAAGGGUCUGGUGGAUCCUGCUCAGUUUGCCCGUGCUAACCAGUCAAUCCAGAUGGCCUGCCAGAACUUGGUGGACCCAGGGUGUACUCAGUCACAAGUGCUCUCUGCAGCCACCAUUGUUGCCAAACACACAUCUGCACUAUGUAAUGCUUGCCGCCUGGCUUCCUCUAAAACUCCCAACCCUGUUGCUAAGAGGCAAUUUGUCCAGUCAGCUAAAGAGGUGGCCAACACAACUGCCAACUUAGUGAAGUCAAUUAAGGCUUUGGAUGGAGCAUUCAAUCAAGAGAACAGAGAAAAGUGUAAGGCUGCGACUGGUCCCCUGAUAGAAGCAGUGGACAAUCUAACUGCAUUUGCCUCCAACCCAGAAUUUGCUAGCAUUCCAGCUCAGAUCAGUCCUGAGGGUCACGCUGCCAUGGAGCCCAUCGUAGCUGCAGCAAAGACUAUGCUGGAAAGUUCCACUGGCCUCAUCCAGACUGCGCGCUCUUUGGCUGUCAACCCCAAAGAUCCUCCCAAGUGGUCUGUGCUUGCAGGACACUCGAGAACUGUAUCUGACUCCAUCAAGAAACUCAUAACCAACAUGAGAGAAAAGGCUCCUGGCCAGAGGGAGUGUGACGAUGCUAUCGAGGUUCUGAAUGGCUGCAUCCGUGAGGUUGACCAUGCUUCUCUUGCUGCCAUCAGCCAGCAAUUAACACCUCGAGAAGAUAUCUCUAUGGAGGCCCUUCAUGAGCAGAUGGCUGCCUCCGUUCAUGAGAUUAGCAAUUUGAUAGAACCAGUUGCUGUGGCUGCUCGCUCUGAGGCCUCACAAUUGGGCCACAAGGUGUCGCAAAUGGUCAGUUACUUUGAACCACUCAUAAUGGCAGCUAUAGGCACGGCGUCGAAGAUCCUUAGCAGCCAACAGCAGAUGGCUGUCUUAGACCAAACUAAAACUCUAACAGAAUCAGCCCUGCAGAUGCUCUACACUGCCAAGGAAGCUGGAGGAAACCCCAAGGCAGCUCACAUGCAAGAGGCGCUGGAGGAAUCCGUACAAAUGAUGAAAGAAGCAGUAGAUGAUUUGGGCACUACUCUGGCUGAGGCCGCCAGUGCGGCUGGCGCUGUGGGUGGCAUGGUGGACUCCAUCAACGAUGCCAUCAAUAAGAUGGAAGAUGCGCCUACACUUGAACCUGAGGGCACCUUUGUGGACUACCAGACAACAAUGGUUAAGACGGCCAAGGCCAUUGCUGUCACUGUGCAGGAGAUGGUGACCAAGUCCAACACAAACCCCGAUGACCUUGGCGGACUGGCCAAUCAGCUGACAAAUGAGUUUGGGAAUCUGGCAAAUGAGGCCAAAUAUGCAGCUAUAACGGCAGAAAAUGAUGAGAUUGGUUCUCAUAUAAAGAAGCAGGUGGGUGAACUGGGUUUCAGCUGCACCGGUCUGGUGACCAAAGGUGGAGCCCUGCAGUGCAGCCCCAAUGAUUCAUUCACCAAGAAGGAACUGAUUGAAAGUGCUCGCAAAGUCUCGGAAAAGGUCUCUCAUGUACUGGCAGCCCUGCAGGCAGGUAACCGUGGCACCCAGGCUUGCAUCACUGCAGCCAGCGCUGUGUCUGGAAUUAUCGCUGAUCUUGACACCACCAUCAUGUUUGCCACUGCUGGGACACUAAACAGAGAGAAUGCAGAAACCUUUGCAGACCACAGAGAAUACAUCCUAAAGACGGCUAAGGCUCUAGUGGAGGACACCAAACUUUUAGUAUCUGGUGCUGGAGCCAGUCAAGAAAAACUGGCCCAGGCUGCCCAAUCCUCUGUGCAUACCAUUACCAAACUUGCUGAUGUGGUCAAACUCGGAGCUGCAAGCCUUGGUUCCGAAGAUCCUGAGACUCAGGUGGUCCUUAUCAAUGCAGUGAAAGAUGUGGCCAAAGCUUUGGGCAACCUCAUCAGCACCACCAAAGCAGCUGCUGGCAAACCUCAUGAUGAUCCCAGCAUGCUCCAUCUUAAGAAUUCUGCCAAGGUGAUGGUGACUAAUGUUACAUCGCUCUUGAAGACGGUUAAGGCUGUUGAGGAUGAAGCCACGAAGGGGACCAGAGCUUUGGAAGCCACUAUUGAACACAUCAGACAGGAGCUUGCUACGUUCAGCAGCUCAGACCCACCAGCAAAGACGACCACACCUGAGGAGUUCAUUCGCAUGACUAAAGGAAUCACCAUGGCAACAGCUAAGGCAGUGGCUGCUGGGAACUCUUGCCGCCAAGAGGACAUUAUUGCCACUGCUAAUCUUAGCAGAAGGGCCAUUGCUGACAUGCUACACUCCUGCAAGCAAGCUGCCUACCAUUCGGAAGUCAAUAAGGAGGUCCGGACGAGAGCCCUGCGCUAUGGAAACGAAUGUGCAACAGGAUAUCUGGGACUCCUGGAGCAUGUGCUAGUUAUUAUCCAGAAGCCCUCACAUGAUAUGAAGCAGCAGUUGGCCAACUAUUCCAAAAGGGUUGCAGGCUCUGUCACUGAGUUGAUCCAGGCUGCAGAAGCCAUGAAAGGCACAGAAUGGGUGGAUCCUGAAGAUCCUACUGUUAUCGCUGAGAAUGAGCUGCUUGGAGCAGCAGCAGCCAUUGAAGCAGCUGCCAAGAAACUGGAGCAGCUGAGACCCAGGACCAAACCCAAGGAAGCAGAUGAGAGCUUGAACUUUGAGGAGCAGAUUCUAGAGGCCGCCAAGUCGAUUGCCGCCGCCACCAGUGCUCUCGUCAAAGCUGCUUCAGCAGCACAGAGGGAGCUGGUGGCUCAAGGAAAGGUGGGAGCUAUUCCAGCCAAUGCAGUGGAUGAUGGACAGUGGUCUCAGGGUCUGAUAUCUGCUGCUCGAAUGGUAGCUGCAGCUACCAACAAUCUUUGUGAGGCUGCCAACUCAGCGGUUCAGGGACACGCAAGUGAGGAGAAGCUCAUAUCUUCUGCCAAGCAGGUGGCAGCCUCCACUGCUCAGCUUUUGGUGGCCUGCAAGGUCAAGGCUGACCAAGACUCUCAGACCAUGAAGAGGCUUCAGGCUGCUGGAAAUGCUGUGAAGAGAGCUUCCGAUAACCUGGUAAAGGCAGCACAGAAAGCAGCAUUUGAUGCUCAGGAUGACCAAGCAGUGGUGGUCAAGAGCAAGAUGGUCGGAGGUAUUGCUCAGAUCAUCGCUGCACAAGAGGAAAUGCUUCGCAAAGAAAGGGAGCUGGAUGAGGCCAGGAAGAGGCUCGCGAUGAUCAGGCAACAGCAGUAUAAGUUUCUACCCUCAGAGCUGCGGGAAGAUGGUCAGGAACAGUGAGAGAAUCACUGGUGCAAUGGUGUUCCACGGAAUCCUCAGGAGGGGGGGUAGCCCUAAUUCCAAAACAAUUAUUCAAAAUUUGUUUGUAAGUGUCAAAGUCAAAUGUGUUGUAAUACCAGUGAUUAACCUUGAUACAGAAAUGUAUGUGUAUACCUUAAAUCCUUACCAAGGUAUUCUUCCUUUCUUUUAUGUACUAUUUGAUUAUUUACGUUUCAAAUUAUUGGGCUCACUUUAUAGUUUUUUUAUUAUUAUUAUUCUAAUUCUACAGACAUGCCAUGUGCCUUCAUAAGAAAAGUCAAACUCCUGCCUUCAUAUCUCAAAUUUAGAAUUUAGACUGUUGAAAGUAAACACAAUCUAUGCUUUGUACAAAAAUCUCUAUGCAAAUGUUACGUGAGAAAGCAUUUUUAAGAGGUCAAUGUGUAAAUGUGUCACGAUCACAUGACAGUAUUUGCAAUAUUAAUAGUUUUGAAAUGAAAGCAGUGAGACUGCAAUGGAAAUGUGGUAAAAUUAUAUUUUUUACAGAUUUAGCAAAUUAUUUGUUAUUUUACUUCCAUUCGUAUUUUACAACAUAGUUUUUUAAAUUAAACAAUGGGAGUAUUUAGUCUUGGAUUAUAUUUGACAGACUGGUCAGAAACCUGGAGGCCUUAUAUUUAACUUUGUAGUAACUAUUUGGAUGUGAAAUGAUUAAUUGAACCUUUGCCAAAGUAUUGCGUCUGAUGCAUAACUAAUGACAGUCUACUGUAAGGUAUCCCUGUCAGUAUAGUUUACGAAUGUCUGUCUAUGCAUUCUUUUUAAGUUACAUGAUUAUUUACUUGUACUAAGAUACAAAUGUUAAAUCACUAGUUUUCACAGUGUAUAAUUAUUUUUGAAAGUGCCUCUCAACGGAAUGUAUCAAGUAAUUUAAUACAUUCUCCGAUGCCUGUCAUUUAUCCCCAGAUGCACUUAUUCACUUCAGUAAUUAAGCAUCAUUUAAACUCACCACUGCUUACUUAAAAAUCUGUACUUUUAAAGACAUUAUUUCACAUUGUGACAUGGGUAUAAAUAUAAUGCUGAUGUAAAACAAUACCACACUGCGGUAUAAUGUAAAAGCUUUGUCUAUGCAAUAAAAACAGUUUUCAUUGG